GUUGGGUUGUCAUAUAGUCAGAUAUAUUUGGCAUUUUUAUAAUUUCUUAUUUAUAGCAGUUAUAAUAUAAUCCCUCAUUUUUUCUUAAUAAAAAUUAAUAUAAUAGUGAGUUGUACCUAUGAAUCAGUGCAGAAAAGAGCAAUAAAGAUCAUAAGAGGUCUGGAGGCUAAACCAUAUGAUGAACGGCUAAAGGAACUAUAGAUAAGGCUUAGGAGGGGCAUAAUAGCUGUCUUCCCAUGCUUGAAGGGCUGUCACAGGGAAAAGGGGAUUGAUUUAUUCUUCAAAGCACCUGAGAGCAGGACAACAAGCAAUGGAUGCAAGCUUAUUAGAGGAAAAUCCAAUCUUAAACUAAGAAGAAAUUUUCUGACAAUUAGAACAAUUAGUCAGUGGAACAGCUUGCUCCUAAAGUCAUGGGUGUUCCAUCCCUGGAGGUUUUCAAGAAAAGAUUAGACAACAAUUUGUCCACGAUGGAAUAAGGACUUCUGCCCUGGGCAGGAGGUUGGAUUAUAAGACCUCCAAGAUUCCUUUCAGUCCUAUGAGUCUAUGAUUUUAUGAGCCUUACAGGGCCCAUGUUUAAAGAAGGUGUUUUAGAAGUAAAGUAACAUAUUAUGAAAUAUGUCACAAAGAUUUUCUGCUUUCCUCUAUACACUUUCCUUGUAGCUUCUGUCUGGAAUAAAUUAUUUUCAGGUAACUACAUUUUAUUUUUUCACAGUAAUGAAAAGAAUUUCAAUGUCUGCCACUGCGGCUUACUGCCAAAGAUUCAACCCUGCAGAAAUGAAAUCUUAGACAACAAUGCUUUUUUUUUCCUGGUGCUUUCUAUUGUUUGUGAUAAAAGCAGAAGCUGGUGAUAUUACUGUUACUGAUUGCCUUAAAAAGCAUAUCAAUAUGAGGUACAGAGCCAUCAGCAACCACAAAUUUAUUGUAUCAUGUGACCUGCCAUCUGAAGACACCACAUCAAUUUACAACCAUUCUCCUCUUUCUGAAAAUCAUGUAAUGUGGUUCCGUCAGUCCAGUGGUGGAGGAGCCACUAUAAUCCUCAGUGAUAAAACCGCCAAUCCUACUCUUUGGGGGAGCUCACUUUGGUUUAGGCCAAUAAAAACUGAACAUUCUGGAACAUACAUCUGUAUGAAAAGGUUGGUUGUGGAUAACAUAUCACCAUGUGUCAAUAUUUUAAUAGCUGUUCAAACAAAAAUUAUGGCUAAUUGUUCAGUUAACAACAGAAAUGACAUUUAUCUAUUUGUGGACCAAGGAACAUCUAUUGGUUGCCCAGGAAAAAACUGUUAUUCUAAUUUUCCACAAUCAUCAGUGAAAUGGUACAAAAAUGGAAUACAAGUAGAACGUAAAAAGAAAAGACCUGGCCUACAAUUCUACCACGAUAAACUAGUGCUGCGUUCUGUAUAUGAUAAAGAUAAUGGUACUUAUACAUGCGAUUACAUGUUGACUGACAACAGUAUGCAAUGGAAAAUGAGAACAAUACUAAAUGUGCAUGUUAUCUCAAAAGACACUAUCCAUCCUCCAAAGAUUUUGAAUCCCAGUGAUGAGACAACCCUUGAAGUAGAAAUUGGUCAACCAAUUGAUCUUGAAUGCAAAGCACAAUUUGGUUUUGAAAUGAAUGCUUCCUCCUCACUACAAUGGUACCGAGAAACCAGUAAAAGCAAACAACUGAUACAGCAAGACAGAGUUCAUCCACAGGGAUUGGAUGGACAAACCUUUACUCUUACCUUCAAACUGACAAAAGUAACUGAAGAAAAUUUAAACAGCCACUUUAUCUGCUUGGCCCAAAAUUCUAUUGGGAAUGCUACUGGAGUGAUCAAACUUAAGAGGCAAACAAAAAAAGCAAUUCAUUUCUUGCUUAUUUUGUGUGGCACUAUUAUAAUAUUAUUUGGAGUGGUUUCAGGAGGCCUGCUGAUUUAUAGCCACUGGAUUGAACUUAUAUUAUUCUAUCGGAAUUACCUAGCCAAAGAUGAAACUCUGAGUGAUUGGAAGGAAUUUGAUGCUUUUGUCUCCUAUGCAAAACCAGAGUUCAUUGAAGCCAGCCAAGAACCAUGCACUGAAGAGCAGUUAGCUCUAGAAUUUCUUCCACUCGUUUUAGAACAUGAUUAUGGAUAUAAGCUGUGCCUCACAGAAAGAGACAUCCUUCCAGGUGGAGCAUACACUGAUGACAUUGUCAAUGCCAUGAAAAAGAGCAGGCGAGUCAUCAUCAUCUUGAGUCCAAAUUAUGCUACAAGUAGCCAAGCUCUCUUUGAACUGGAAGCAGCAAUCAACACUGCCUUGGAAGAUAAAGCAAUGAAACCCAUCCUAAUACAGGUUGAGACUUUUCAGGAGCCACCUUCAUUAUCUCCAAAGGUGAAGAAAGCCCUCAGGAUUUUGCCCAGGCUUACCUGGAGAACAUCUACGUCUCCCAUAGCUAAUAAGCACUUCUGGAAGAAAUUACAGUAUCACUUGCCAGUAAAACACAGCAACAGUGUUGUGAACAAGUGGCCUUCAUUUCCCAUCAGUAACCGUUGGUGUUGGUAACAGAAAAUGAGAAACAAAAGAUGAGCAUAGCCCUAAGGCAUAAUACAGUAGGGCCCAUUGCUCAGUCUUUCAGAAGCCCCACAGCUAUAAAUGAUUGUUGGAUGGCAGAUGGGAAUUUGAGAAAGGUUCAUUUGCAUUUUAUUUCUAAUAUGAUCAUUUUAAACUGAAACUCGGAAAGUAAAAUAAAAAAUAAAAUAAAGCCCAUUAAAGACAAAAAAAAAA